GAUGGUGUUGUGAUGAACAGCUAAGACGUUAACACACACGCACACACACAAUGAGUACCAGUACACCAGCAGUGCGCCCGGCCUCCCCUCCCUCUGAGGAUCCGACUACGCCCCCGCCCAUGACCACACCUCCCCGCAAAGCCUCGGUCCGCCUGCAGGAGAGGCGGGGCUCCAACCUGUCUCUGCUAUUGGACGUGACCAACCUGGCGGUGGAGCCUGUUUGCUCUGUCUCCACCCCAAAGGAGGUGUGGCUUCAGCUGCUGCACACCUCCUCCCGACCGCUUACACACCCUGCGCUGCAGCAGGCCGCCACUGACACGAGCACACUGAAUGUAGAGUACCAGAAGAUCCCUCCGAACUUUGUGAGCGCCGCAGAGCUCGAUGUUCCAGGACACAUGAUGAAAGACAGAUACAAAACCAUCCUACCCAACCCUGAGACCCGGGUGAUCCUGAGGAGCCCAGAGGAAGAGGCGGGGCCAGACCGCUACAUCAACGCCAACUACAUCAGGGGCUACAAAGGAGCACCCAGGGCCUACAUCGCCACCCAGGGGCCGAUGGUGCACACCGUCGGGGACUUCUGGGACAUGGUGUGGCAGGAGAGGAGCAGCAUCAUCGUCAUGGUUACCAGACUCAAGGAGAACAACGAGAAAUGCGAGCUGUACUGGCCACAGCCGAGGGAGAGGAGGAGGACGAGGGUGAAGGAGGAGGAGGAGGAGGAGGAGGAGGAGGAAGACGUUAAAGAGGAGAAGAAGGAGGAAGAGGAGAAGGAGGAAGGAGAGACGGGCCGAUUCGGUAGAUUCCUCCUCAGAGUGAGAGACAGCCAAGAGAAAGACGGGUUCACUGUCACUGACAUGGAGAUCCAGCUGUGUGAGGAGCGCCGUCCCGUCAGACACUACUGGUUCACCUCUUGGCCUGACCAUCACAUCCCACAAUGCACCGCUCCGCUGCUGAGACUGGUGGAGGAGGUGGAGACCUACCGCAAGUCCCUCCUACCGCUGAGCUCUGAGCCAAUCACAGCGCCCACCCUCUCUCCUGGGCCAAUCAUCGUCCACUGCAGGUUGGUUCCUCUACUGAGUUCAUGUUAUUAUUAUUUAUUAGUUUUAUUUAGUCUCAUAACAGGAAGUAACUUGGCGGACACGAGAAAGGAAGAACUGAGAAACAACUGAGGAAGAAGUAGAGCUGUGUCGGGUGGUUUGGAGGAAAUUUUUAUUUUAGUUUCUGUUAUGUUUUUUUUAUGACCUUUGCCUCAUAGAUCAUAGAAAACACAAAAAAAGGUCUUAAAAUUGUGUAAAUUGAUGGAGAAAAUGCUUGUAAAUAUUGAUAAAGGCAAUGUUUGAAUUACCAAAUAGUACCAUAAAAAACAAAAAAAAUUGAGAUUUUGAUUUUGUUUUUUUUAAAUAUUACAAGAAAAAAACGGUUACCAGAAAAUUUGACACAUAAACUGACAGACUAUCACAAACAACUCAAAUUAGGAUUUUCUUUCGAAAUAAUGGUGUUUUUCAAAAUUUCAAUAUAAUGAUUGUAUUUCUCUCUUUGCAGUGGCCCUAAAACUCCCCUUUGAAUGGAAGAACAAGAGAAAAUAAUAAAAUAAUAUAUGGCACAAUAAGAUGAAUGAGUGAAAAAUACAAAAAAAAUCUUACAAUUGUGUAAAAUAUAAACUGAUGCUAAUGGACGAGCUAACUGGUAGCUGAUUUGCAAAACAGUCAAAUAUUGUUUUUUAAUAGGUAAAAUAUACCUAUUAAAAAAUAUAUAUAUAUUUAAAUAUUACAAAACAAAACUUUGACUAACAGACAAUCGAUCACAAACAUCUUAUUACUUUUUUCUUGGAAUAAAUGUCUUGAAAUCUUGAAAUAUGUUCCCUUGUAAUGGCCCUGAAACUCCACCGUCAAAUAGAAGAACAGGAGAAAAGAGUAAAAUAUUACAUGGCACAAUAGGAUGAACUGGUAUAAACUUAAAAAAAGUUUCACAUUUGGUUUCUUUUAUAAUGUGUGUGUGUGUAACAUCAGUAGUUUACAGUCUGGGUUACUGAACAGUAAAACCAGCUUGUGAGGAAUCAAACCCGAGCGGCGGAUGUGUCAAGGGUUCCUUCCUGUUUCACAGCGUGGCCGGUCGUACCUGAGCAACCAACCACAGCAGAGAGGACAGAUGAAAGAGUGCAGGCUGCGGUGUGGAUCUGACCAACGGUGCAAAGAAACACAGAGAAAUGUGUUUCUUGAAAUACAACCAGAAAGAGGAAGCGGAUUAAAUGACAAGGCUCAGUAGUCAUACAGAGAGUCUGUCUUUCUCUACAGUUUGGCUUAAAGGUCCAAUGUGUAACACUGAGGAGGACCUAGUUUCAGAAAUAGAAUAUAAUAUUCAUAAGUAUUCGUAAGUGUUUAAUCAACUGAAAAUAAGAACUGUUGUGACCUUAAAAUGAGCUGAUUUUAUCUUUUUGGAUACUUUCUUACAUCUCUACCAACUGUGAAGCCUCCAGUUUGGCAUUCAAUCGUCACCAUGACGUUUGUUUUUCAGAGCCAGCAGAGGUCACGUACAGCGAGUUGAUCUGCUCUCAUUGGCUGCUCUUGGUUUGGAAACAAUGGGCGGCUCUCCUGGCUCACCAGGAUCUGGUAUUCCAGAU